AUGAAGAUAUGAUCUGGUCUAUUUCAGUUGCUAAUGCUUAUGUGUGGAUUUUUAGGAAAGUCACACUGUUUCACGGGUAUUUCCCCUUCAACGUGGAAUCCCUUAGUUUAUCUGGAUUACAAUAACUUCUGGAGGACCAUGGACAAGAUGGGAGAAGAGAUUCCUCCUGAAGCUCCAUGGGAUGCUCCACAUGCUGAAGAAUGGGACAAGAUGACCAUGGAAGAGCUGAUAAAUAAGAUUUGCUGGACCAAAGCUGCUAAAGAAUUUGCCACCUUAUUUGUGAAUGUCAAUGUCACCUCUGAGCCUCAUGAAGUCUCUGCUCUCUGGUUCCUGUGGUACGUGAGGCAGUGUGGGGGCACGUCCAGAAUUUUCUCUAUCACCAAUGGAGGCCAGGAGAGGAAGUUUAAAGGGGGUUCUGGUCAGAUAUCAGAGAAAAUAAUGGCACGCCUCAAAGGCAGAGUUAAACUGGAGCAACCUGUGGUCCGUAUUGAUCAGACAGGUGGUAAUGUCAUUGUGGAGACUCUAAACCACCAGAUAUAUGAGAGCAAGUAUGUGAUCAUUGCUAUCCCUCCAAUCCUAACAACGAAGAUUCAUUAUAAACCAGAACUGCCACCAAAGAGAAACCAGCUAAUUCAGCGUGUGCCUAUGGGCUGUGUCAUAAAAUGCAUGAUGUACUACAGGGAAGCUUUCUGGGAGAGGAAGGGUUAUUGUGGUUGCCUCUUCAUUGAGGAUGAAGAGUCUCCAAUUGGGAUAACCAUAGAUGACACGAAACCUGAUGGAUCUUUCCCUGCCAUUAUGGGUUUCAUCCUUACCAGAAAGGCUGUUAAACUGGCCCAUCUCAGUAAGGAAGAGAGGAAGAAGAAGAUCUGUGAGGCAUAUGCCAGGGCAAUGGGGAUGGAAGACGCUUUACAUCCCGUGCAUUAUGAAGAAAAGAACUGGAACAUGGAGCAAUAUUCAGGGGGUUGUUACACAGCCUACUUCCCACCAGGCAUAAUGUAUUCUUACGGAAGGAUCAUUCGCCAACCUGUUGACAGAAUCUACUUUGCUGGCACGGAGACAGCUACCCAGUGGAGUGGAUACAUGGAGGGGGCUGUACAGGCAGGAGAGAGAGCAGCCAGAGAGAUAUUGCACACUAUGGGGAGGAUCUCACAGAAUGAAAUUUGGAUGCCAGAGCCAGAGUCAAAGGAUGUCCCAGCCCAACCAUUCACCACCAGCUUCUGGCAGAGGAACCUGCCGUCCGUGCCAGGACUGCUGUGCCUGCUUAGCUCUACCGUGUGUCUCACCUCCGUGGCUGCUGUGGUGCUGAUGGCCUGUAAAAAGGGACUACUAAUUCGAAACUAGUGAGGACUACACAUCCAGUGAAAGCUGCGUGUUUCC